GUUCUGUGUGCAGGAGCCCUCAAUGUACACUUUUUGAGCUGGUGUAGCCAGUUGAGCUAAAAAAGGAUAUUUAUUUAGUAUCGAUUUGAUUUUAUAGCAUAAAAAAUAAUGGGAAAGAAAGACAAAAAAAAUAAAAAUAAAAUAAGUGGCAGUGUGAAAACUGCGCUAAAAACUGAGAAAAAACUUAAUGCUAGACAAAAGAAGGAAUUAACGGCACUUGGUGAGGAGGAUAUAGAAAAAGUCAUUGCUGAGAUUGAGAAAGAGGAAGCCCAUAGACAACGCAUUAAAGAGAUGGUAGUAAAUGCGCCGUCUAGACGAGUCAACUUCACUUUGACGGCACAUCCCUUCAAGAACGAACUUAUUAUGUUUGGUGGCGAAUUUUAUGAUGGUCGGCAGACCAUUGUAUAUGGCGAUAUGUUCUUCUAUAACAUAAAUAAGCGAGAAUGGACAUUAAUAAAAGCGCCUGGAGCACCACCACCGCGAUGUGGUCAUCAGACAGUAGCUACUACUGCAAAUGGCAGUGGCGAAUUAUGGAUAUUUGGCGGUGAAUUCACUAGUCCGAGCGAGUCGCAGUUUUAUCAUUACCGUGACUUGUGGGUAUUCCGGUUCGCUGAAAAGAAAUGGGAAAAGAUCACAUCUGCAAACGGUCCGUCAGCCAGAAGUGGACAUAGGAUGGUACACCUAAAGAAGCAACUGAUAGUAUUUGGUGGAUUCUAUGAUAAUCUGCGGCACGAUUAUAAAUAUUUUAAUGAUGUGCACAUUUUCGAUUUGGAGAGUUAUAUGUGGCAGAAAGUCGAGCCUACUGGUAUUGCACCUGCUCCUCGAUCCGGCUGUAUAUUACUGCCGACUGCCGAUAGUAAGCUUGUUGUAUACGGCGGCUAUAGUAAAGAAAAGAUAAAAAAAGAAAUAGACCGGGGUUGCAUUCAUGCCGAUAUGUUUCUCCUGACUCCAAUGGAUAAAAAUGAUUUAACCAAGUACAAGUGGGUUUGCGUGAAACAAACCGGGAUUCAAGUGACUCCAAGAUGUGGCGUUUCUGUUGCAUUACUUCAAUAUGCGAAUCAGGCUUUCAUAUUUGGUGGUGUUUUCGAUAAUGACGAUAGUGAUAAUGAUGAAGAAAGUUUAUGUGGAAUAUUUUAUAAUGAUCUAUUUGCAUUGGACCUGGAAAAAUUACUCUGGCGCGCUAUAACAUUAACUGGGAGAAAAGUAACAACUGUUAAUGAUGACACCAAAAGACAACAAAAGAAAAAAAAGAAGAAAGAAUCUGAUGAAGAGUCAGAACAGAGUAAUAAUUCUAACCAAGAAAAAUCGGAAAAAUCUCCAAAUCCUGUACGGCCUACAGUUACUGUGGACGAUGACGGAAUAUUUACGAUGACAAUAGGCUCGACAGUGCCAAUUUCUUCAUCAUUUCCUCAUCAAUCUUCUUCGUCAGUGGCAAAUAAUGGAGGGACGAAACUUUUUCCAUCUCCACGGAUGAAUGCUGGAAUGGUGAUGAAACACAAUAUUUUAUAUUUAUAUGGCGGCUUGAUGGAAGAAGGUGAUCGACAAUAUACUCUUUGCGAUUUCUAUAGCCUAGGUAUGUUAUUAAAGUUGAAAGAUAUAUUAUACAGGGUCUACCAAAAGUGUGGAAACCCAUGCUUGUCUACGGGUGAGCAAAUGAUCAUUAGAGAUAGGUCUUCGCGGAUCAUCAAGGGAUUACCAUCAUAUCUACCACCAUAUUCUGCCAUUCACGCUAGUCUUCAUCAAUUAUAUAUAAAGACAAGGAGAUUUCUGAAUAAUAACCUUAAUUUAAUGUUAACAAGAGUCGACAAAGAGAACCUUAAAGUAGCAUUGGAUAAGGAUAGUUACAUCACAAGAAUAGAAAGCAUGCUAAGCGAUAGAGAGACUUACAACAACCUCAAAAAAGAUCCUAUCAAAAAACUCUCUAAUCAGUUACGAGAUUUGUUAAGACUUGGAGGACAGAGCUCUCUGGCAAAUUUAAAAUUUACUGCAUCAUUUUACGUCAGAUAUAUUGAUGAUGUGGCUCUAUGUGUCCUUUCGAUGUCAGUGAAUGAUACUUUGAACGUUUUUAAUUCACUUCAUCCAAUUCAAUUAACUCUAGAAGUGGAGAAAAAUAACAAACUCAAUUUUCUAGAUGUCACUUUGAUUUUGGACAAUAGUUACUUGAUAUUGGUCACCAACUUUUUCGGUGUUAACGUGUCGAGUUUCGUGCCAAAAAAAGAGUAUUUGUGGGGAAUUUUACUGCACUACUUUAUUCAAAAAAAAUCUGCAGCUGAAGCACACAGAAUUCUUGUUGAUACUUACGGCGACCAUGCUCUGUCGGAAACAACAUGCAGAGAUUGGUUUAGACGCUUCAAAAAUAAUGAUUUUGAUGUUGAAGAUAAAGAACGCUCUGGCGCACCGAAAAAGUUUGAAGACGAAGAAUUGGAGGCAUUACUUCAUGAAGACUCAUGUCAGACGCUAGAUGAACUUGCAGAAUCAUUAGGAGUUGAUCACAACAGUUUCGAAACGUUUGAAACUGCUUCAACGGCAGAAAAGGAAAGGUUUUUUGCAUCGUAUCGUGAUGGCGAUGAAAAAUGGAUACACUACGAUAACCCUAAGCGUAGAAAAUCAUGGGAUAAGCCCGGCCAUACAUCAACAUCGUUGGCAAAGCCGAAUAUCCAUGCUUCGAAGCUUCUGCUCUGCAUUUGGUGGGAUCAGCUGGGUGUAAUUUAUUAUGAGCUGCUCAAACCGAACGAAACCAUCACAGGAGAUCGCUCUCGACUACAAUUGAUGCGUUUGAGACGAGCAUUGAAGGAAAAACGGCCGAUAUACGAGCAGAGACACGACAAAGUGAUUUUGCAACAUGACAACGCUCAGCCGCAUGUUGCAAAACCGGUGAAAACCUACUUGGAAACGCUUAAAUGGGAAGUCCUACCCCACCCGCCGAAUUCUAGACAUUGCCCCUUCUAA